CCACCACAUGAUUACGUAUAUUCUAAAGUCUAAAAUGUGUUUAGGGACUUGUGGAAUUUAGGAAAACAAAGAUCCUAAACAAGCAGUCGACGCUUGCAAUUAUAAAAAGGUUCCUUAUAAAAAUGGCAAUCGGACACGGACAUUACAAAUUUUUUUGUGGAAGGACACUAUUUAAUUCUCUAGGAACUAGGUACCUUGUCGCUUUGCAUUACAGCUCAACAGCAGUAGGCACAAAUAAUGUCAAAUCCAGUACUUCAAAAAUUAAAGAACGCUUGGAAAAUGGACCCGAUUUCUCAGAUUUUGUACAGGGAAAGGUUUCUAGUGAUGAAAACUGGAAAGAUUAUGCUGGAAAACUUGUGAGGGAAAAAGGUGACAAACGUCUGAGACUACCACCUUGGCUGAAGACAGAAAUUCCAGUUGGCAAAAACUUCACCAAAUUGAAAGAGAAUUUGAGGGGACUUAAUUUACACACAGUGUGUGAAGAAGCAAGGUGCCCAAAUAUUGGGGAAUGUUGGGGAGGGGGACCAGAUGCAACAGCUACUGCCACAAUCAUGCUCAUGGGUGAUACAUGUACACGUGGUUGCAGAUUUUGCUCAGUAAAAACUUCCAAAGCACCACCUCCUCUCGAUCCAAAUGAACCAGUUAAUACAGCAAUAGCCAUUGCAGCUUGGGGACUUGAUUAUGUUGUAUUGACAUCUGUAGAUAGGGAUGACUUGCCUGAUCAAGGAUCUAACCAUUUGUCCCAAACUGUUAGUGAAUUAAAACAGAGAAAGCCAGAGCUGUUGGUCGAAUGUCUGACACCCGAUUUCCGUGGUGACCGUGAUUGUGUUGAACGUAUAGUGCGAUCUGGAUUGGAUGUUUUCGCACACAACAUUGAGACGGUGGAAGAAUUAACUUGGUUGGUUAGAGAUCCAAGAGCUAAAUAUCAACAGUCUAUGGAUGUUUUGCGUUAUGCAAAAAAAGUGCGACCCGAUGUGGUGACUAAAAGUUCGAUAAUGCUAGGUUUAGGAGAAACCGAUGACCAAGUUCGGAAAACUUUAGAAGAUUUACGUGCUGCGAAUGUAGAUUGCGUAACUCUAGGGCAGUACAUGCAACCGACAAAGCGUCACUUAAAGGUGACUGAGUACGUGACACCGGAGAAAUUCGCGCUAUGGGAAAGCGUUGGAAAGGAACUCGGCUUUCUAUACACUGCUAGCGGUCCUUUGGUGCGAAGUUCAUAUAAAGCUGGAGAAUUUUUCAUUAAAAAUAUUAUACAAAACGCCAAGAAAAGUAGAGUUUAACUAUAUACAUUUGGAAUAAAUGUCUGUAAAUUUAA